AUGGCAAAUAGACAGGAUUUAAAGCACCAGCGCAGUACCUCAUCAAGGUCUUCGCGCCCACGAACAUCAACAAAAGGACCGUUGGAUUUAGUUGACGACGACCCUCUCUCAUCCGACGAGCCACUAUCUCCAAGGUCGCCUCAAAAGUCUCAAGCCCGGACUAGCGAUGUUGGCCGUUUGUCGCCAUCUAAUCCCUUGGACUUGGGCUCACUAAGCAUCGAGAUUGAUAGCAUAUUUGAGUCUCAAAGUCUUUCUUCAACUACCAAGGACCUAUCGUUCCUCCUACGCCCAGAGAUCUAUCAUCCUCUAUCUCAACUUGAGAUCCCGCCUGUGUUUCGCUCACCUUUUUACAGUCCUAAUAUAGAAGAACCUAUCGAGGUCUCACUCGGUGCUCUCAAUGGAUUCCUCGCAAAAGGCCAUUUUCUUCUUGCCGCGCAUCUAAGUGCAAUACUUUUGACUUCGCCGAGCAUGCGGCCUUCAGACUCCAAGACAAUAUUCACCUUACUCUACACCCGUUUAGCGUGUCUCGAGCUGACCGGAAAUACUGCGCUGGCGGCACAAGAGUCGAAGGCAUUGGAAGAUCUCCAUUCGACCUUUUACUAUGUGGAUACCGACCUAGAAGCCGCCGGCGAUGCGGUGCCUCAGGUACAAAAGAAGAAUUCCUAUCAUAUCGUACCAUGGCCGCUCCGGGUUCUUGCGGUCCGACUACAGAGUAUUGGUUUUGGGGACCCCCGUCGAGGCAUCACUGGCUUGUACGAGCUUGGCUUCGAGGCGCGACAAGAGAUCAUGCGACCUGGCUUGGAUAAGUCCAAAAGGCAAAUAUGGCAGGAAAGGCUGCUAGACCUCGGAGUUCGAAGUGUCAAUGCACUUGUCGAAAUGAACGACCUGGAUGCCGCGCAACGUUCUCUGAAUAGUCUUGGAUUUGGCGAUAGCGAUAGCAUCAAACUAAGAGCUGCCCUUUUGGCUCUGCGGAUCGGAGAUGUCACUGCCGCCAAGGAAAUUUUGAGCAAAUCCGAUGCCCUGCAAGAGGGUAUUUUGAAACCUUUGACAAGCAUGGCCGAUGGUCGCUACGACGAUGCUAUUUCUGAAUGGAGGGCACUGCUCGAGAACCCGAUCAAGUCCAACGAGCCGAUGAUUGUACAAAAUCUUGCCGUGUGCCUUCUUUACACGGGUCAAUUGAACGAAGCCCGAUCGCUUUUAGAAUCUCUCAUUUCUGCGAAUCAUUCAUUCCGCAGUCUCACUUUCAACCUCGCAACCAUAUAUGAGCUUUGCUCCGACAAGUCGCGCGACUUGAAAACUCAAUUAGCGGACACGGUUUUCCAGCAAACUCAUUCUGGCGAGACAAACCUAGACCGGGCAACGUCGGAUUUCAAGUUGUGA